GCCAGAUUUUAAUCAAGCUGGCAAAUGGGAGAGUAAAACUGAGGGACUUGAGCUGUCCGAUUUGCUCAAGGAACUUUGUGUUCAUCCAGAGUCACAUAAGAAGGACUCACCCAAAUCUGACAGUAAGUACAUUCUAAGGGGUUUUACACUUUAAUUGUAAUAACUUUGUUUCAAACUUUUAACAACAUUGUAACACUGUUCUUUGAUUUCAAGGCCUGUGAGGAAACCAGACUCAUCGGAAACCUCAAGAGGACAGUCGCACUGGAGCAGCUGGGAAGGUUGAGGGCCUCAAACCCCCAAAUACCCAUGCAGAGUGCUUUCGAUUUAGUCGAGCCCCAGGUGCCCGUCUCACAGCCUGUGGAAGCCCCAAAUGAUGAGGAGUUCUUCCAAUUACUGGAGACGCUCUUUGACUUGCCUGACCAUAGAGACAGACAGACUGAUGCUAAUGGGCCAUCAGACGCACAAGUCUCACAACAAGCAGCUGCGCAUUAUCAGGAACUUGUGGAGACAGGAGAUCUUACCACUCUCAACUUUGAAGACCUGAUCACACUUGAGGACACUUUAAAAUAAAUGACAAAAAAUGUCUAAAAAAGUUACUAAAAAUGUUCACAGACUUCUUGGAAAGUGCAUCGCUGCUGCUAGUUUCAUUGUUUUGCUUCUGAUUUAUUUUUGAAUUUGGAUUAAUCAUGCCUGUUGAGUGCUGCCCGAUCUGCUUUUGGAUGUACGCGAGGCUUAGCCAGCAUAUAGUGGUGUUCCACAGGGUGCAGAACAAGGACGAGAGAAAGCUUCUGCUUUCGCUGGAGUCCGGUCGAGUGAAUGUCCGCGAGGGCAUUUGCCCUCUUCCGGGCUGUGGAAAGGAGACCACCAGGUUAGACCGGCACAUAAAGGUCCACACCGAGCUCUCCAGUGGAGCGCAGGAGGAUGCUCUUAGGGACAUUAAAAGGAAAAAAGUUUUGAAAGAAUUGGCUGUGCUCAGGGAGUCAAAUCCUACUGUUCCCAUGGUCUCCAUUCUGGACUUACAGGCGGACGAUGACCAGUUGUCUGAGCUGGAAGAUCCUGUGGUGCCUCAAGACUGUGAGGAGGAAAAGGAGGCUGAGAGGAGUUUGUGUAACAGCCCACGUUGCAAGAAGAGAGGAGAGCGGUUCAAAGCGGAGAUUGCUGAUCUGAACAAACAGGUGGACACGUUGACCGAGACUGUUUGUGAUCUCACGCGGAGAUACAGAAAACUAAAAGACAGGUAUUCUGGAGCUCCUCAAGCUGGAAGGAUAAGGCAGAUAACAAAAAGACUCCUCUCCUCUCUUGGGCCCGAAGAUGAGGACAAGGAUGAUGCACCUGUCGACCCAGAAGAAAAUCCUCUUCCCCAGAGGUGCUCACCCCAGCCUACCACCAGUCAGCAGGCCAUCGCCAGAGGGGAGUCAUCAGCUCAGCAGAGGAAUGAAGAGAGAAGCCCGCCUCAUUACCCCGACCAUGUGUCUGUACUGAAUGAUGUCCUGGAAAAAUUACGGGAGUUUCAAGAGGGUCCGGAUCCUUCAAGGAAGCUGAAGGAAAAUAUCAGUGGGAAGAUCUACAGGGUUAAAACGUUUUUAGCCUUCAUGGCAGAGGGCAAGUCGAAUCUAUCAAAUAUGGUCUUAGUCAACGAGACCAGAAAGAUACACUCCUGGGUAAGCUCCCUCCGUCUAUCCGGAGUGACAGAAACAACGAUCAAACACUACGUCGAUAACGUCUCCCAGUUCAUCGACUUCAUCACGGAGACACCUCCUCAGACGUCACGCCUGAGCAAGAACGUGAUGAUCGGCCUAAGGCGGGAGAUGAAGGGCCUGAGGAAGUCCUUAAAGAGGGGGGUCGCCAUGCACAGGACUUCUGUAAAGGCUUCCAAAGAGGAGAAGGUGCUGAGCAAGGGUUUGCUUUUAGAGUGCCGGAAUAAAUCAAAGCUGGGCAUUCCCGAAGCACUUGCUCUCCUGGAGAUGGACCCCACGCCGAGAAUCCAGUGGAAGUUUUAUGGACUUUUCUCUGCGUUCCUGUCAUCUGUUUUUGGGCACAGAGGGGGUGUCUUCCAAAAUAUGACCAUCCAGGAGGUCAUGGAGGCAAAGAGGUCAUCAACGGAGAACGCCUUUCUCAUAAAUAUAAAGACCCACAAGACGAAUGAGUUGUACGGCCCAGCGCAAAUUAUUUUGAUGGAGGAGGAGUACGAGUGGGCGUUACGGUUCCUGCGUCUGAAGGACCAACUUCCGGGCGGCCUAGGAGCUAAAUUCUUUUUCUUUGUGUCAACGCCCAACCCUUGCAAGAACUUGAACAAUUACUUUCAAGAGGCAUGGAAGGCAAUGGGCCUGCCAGGAUGUCCGACCUUCACAGACGUGAGAACGUCCAUCGCCAGUCACGCCAAGUUCACGCAUGCUCCUGAGAACCGCCUGAAGCUUUGCAAAUAUAUUUGCCACGAUGUCCGCACGGCGGACAAGUUUUACGUCACCAACCUCACUGCCAAGCAGGCAGUUGAACACAGAAGGCUGUUUGAGGCAGCACUGGAGGGUCCGGAGAGGUCGCCGGCAUCGAAAGACAUACCAAAACGCAGACGCCAGGUCGCCUCAAAGGAUCACCCUCAAAAAAAGCGUAAACUGUUUGAGCCCGAACUCAGCUCUGGCAGCACCACUCCCGAGGAUGACCAAGUGACUUACCAGGAGUCGGGUGUGUCUAGCGUAGAGGACAGCCAGGGUGAAUCUGAGCCAACCAAACCCAGCCAAGACGUCGAGGCCGAGAGAAGAGGCGAGGAAGAUGAGGUGUCGGAACACGGACAGUUGAAAAGGCAAAGGAGACCGAUCGUCCUAUUGAUGCCCCUGAAGUCGGCUUUAAGAAAAAAACAUUUCAUUCUCUCAGCUGUCCCCGCUGAAAGUGAAAAAGACUGUCGUCUCAACGUCUCUGACACUUGUUGGAAUGGGGCGACAAAGACUUCAAAGAAAAUGAGCAAAGGACUUAAUGGAUAAAUGGAGGAAGAGAAA